CCUCCCCAAAAGUCCUUAACCUUUUCACCUAGAACUCUCUCCAUGUGAUGUUCUCGCUUCCCCAGCUCCGUCGUGUUCUACUUAUCUUUCUGAAAUGACAGCUGCCACAACUUUUCGGGGUCGCCUUACCUCAGGCAAGACAACCAACUUAGUCAUGGUGGUGACCACGGUGGAUUCCAAAAUAUUUCAAGAAAAUAUAUAUUUGGACAGCAACUUGGGAGUUGCAGCGAUUGUGGCUACACGUGAUGAGACAAUGGCUGGAAUUCAGAAAAGAAGAACUGGUGUUGAUUGCAGAUCUUCACACCUACCUAUCGUCCUAUCCAAGUCCACUGACCAGGUGUCCAUAACUCUUUAUUCUGUUACGGCCGCAGUUUCAAAAUCCCCACUAAUGUUUCCUCUAACCCCCUCUGCUAAGAAUCAUGAAGCUAACUUUUUGUGUAUAGCUAAGAUCGCCUGUGUCUUACAACAAAAUGAGUGGUCUUACGUUUCUUGCACCGGUUGCAACAGGAAGUUGGAAAAACCAAGGACAACAUUGCGUUACAACAAAUGGGUAUCACCAAAUGUCACUGGUGUCAUAAGUUGACUUGGCUUGGACUAUGGGCAUGAAAGUGCUACGUACGUCUGUGGUAUUGGACACCAAACGACGAAACUUACCGGAAAAGAUGCAGCCUCGCUAAAGGCAAGUAGGCAACGUUCGCGACUAUUUGCAACAUGAAAAAAAAACGUCCGUUCAGUUCGAAAAGACCUUAUCGUGUGAACUUAAUUUUCUCCAACUU